AUGUCGAUUCCUGGGCCGUCGCAAACCCCCCAUGCUCUGUCCGAGCUGUCCCUCGGUGCACUUGUGCAGUCUUUGCCAGUGCUGACUUCCAUCUUACUGGGCAUCGUGAUUGUGGUAAUCUCCUUCGUGGCCAUGACCAAUAGAUCGAAAGCGCCUCUGGCAAAUCCUCCACGCUGGAAUCAGUUUACACUAUUUAAACGUUUCGAGUUUUUGCAGAACGGAAGGGCCAUAAUGAGCGAAGCUAGAAAGCGCUACGGCAAGCAUCCGUACAGGUUGAUUGUUGACACGGGCGAAGUUCUUGUCCUGCCUCCCGCGUAUUCGGUAACGAUCCGCAACGAGAUGGAUCUGAGCUUUGCAAAAGCAAUAGAGAAGAACUUUUCCGGACAUGUGUCUGGCUUGGAACCGUAUGGCCUCCUAGAUCACAAGAAAAAACUUGUGCAAACAGUAGUGAAGAAGCAACUCACCAAGUACUUGAACACAGUGACAAAGCCCCUCUCAGAAGAGGCCACUUUCGCUCUCAACGUAAUAUUUGGCAAUGCUCCAGAAUGGAAGGAAACACUCAUCACAGAAAGCAUCCUCCAACUCGUUGCACGCCUGUCGACCAAAGUGUUCCUCGGAGAUGAAAUGUGUCGCAAUGGAGCUUGGCUCGAAACAUCCAAAACCUACACCGUCACUAGUUUUGUCCUGUCUCUCAAGAUGGCAGCUGUUCCCGAAGCACUCAAAUUCCUCCAUCUAGACGAAGCCCGCACCAUCCUCACGCCACUAAUCGCCAAACGCAAAGCCAUCAAGGCCGAAGCCCGAAAGAACGGCAAGCCGGAACCCGUGUACAACGACAUGGUUGACUGGUACGAGCAAGAAAGUCAGGGAGAAGCAUACGACCCAGCUAUCUACCAGACAUCCCUUUCCCUCGCAGCAAUCCAUACAACGUCAGAAUUGCUGAGCCACACCAUGACGCUUUUAGCAAACGAGCCGCAAUACGUCGAAGCCCUCCGGAAAGAAAUCAUUCACGUCCUUCGCACUGAUGGUUUAACCAAAGCUGCACUUGCCAGCUUGAAACUCGUCGACAGCACAUUGAAGGAGACACUGCGAUUCAGGCCAUCUACAUACCUCAACAUGAGAAGACACGCAAAGAAAACGGUCGUCCUCCCCGACGGUUUCGUCAUCCCCAAGAACACACAAGUCGCUGUGGACGGCUUCAACAUGCAGAACCCAGAGAUCUAUAGUGACCCAGACAAGUUCGACAUUUACCGCUACUACAACAUGCGCCAGGAUCCUGCCACGGCCAACAAGGCGCAUCUCGUUUCUACGGGGCCUGACAACCUUAGUUUCGGGCAUGGCGCUCAGUCGUGCCCGGGCCGCUUCUUCGCCGCUAAUGAGACGAAGAUUGCGCUUUGCCAUCUCUUGCUUAAAUACGACUGGGAACUCGCUGAGGGUGCGUGUCUGGAUCCUAAACCUGUGUUUGGCGAGACGACGGCGCUCGAUCGUGAGAAUAAACUAAGGUUCAGACGGCGCAAGGAAGAAGUCGACCUGGAUAGCUUGACUUAUGUUUGA